GGAGGUGUUGGAUAGAUUUCAGAAAGCAGUGGAGUUUUGGGAAGCGCAGGAAGCACUGCUGCUUUGCUGCUCUCCAACAUGAUGCACGGAUACAGAGCGACUCCAUUCUCCAACAGCACCCUGUCUUUUUGUGGUACUGAUAACUCAUCUGCCUAUAAGGUGGACAACGGGCUUCUCAAUAACGGCUGUUUCCUGGAUGCUCUGGGGCUUGUGCCACAUGUCUUCCUCCUUUUUAGCACAUUCCCCAUCCUCUUCAUAGGUUGGGGCAGCCAGAGCUCUAAGGUUCACAUCCAUCACAGCACAUGGCUGCACUUCCCUGGACAUAACAUGCGCUGGUCACUCACAGCUGCUCUGUUGUUUGUGCUGGUGUGUGAGGUCGCUGAGGGGAUUGUCUCAGAUGGGUUUAACCAGUCACGCCAUAUCUAUCUUUAUAUGCCUCCUGGACUGGGCAUUCUGGCAGCUAUAACCUCCAUUGUCUACUAUCACAACAUAGAGACAUCCAAUUUUCCCAAGCUUCUAUUAGCUCUGCUCAUCUACUGGAUUUUGGCUUUUGUCACCAAAACGGUAAAGUUCACUAAGUACGAUGAACACGGAAUAAGCCUGGGGCAGCUGCGCUUCUGUAUCACAGGUCUGCUGGCUUUAAUCUAUGGCCUGCUGUUGACCGUGGAGAUCAACGUCAUACUGCGCAGGCGCUACAUAUUCUUCCCACACCCGACUGAGGUGAAGCCUCCUAAAGACCUGCAGGACCUCGGUGUGCGUUUCCUUCAACCUUUCGUCAACCUGUUGUCCAAGAGCACGUAUUGGUGGAUGAACACAUUCAUCACAUCGGCACACAAACGACCCAUCCACUUGAAAACCAUCGGCAAGCUGCCCAUUGCUAUGAGAGCACUUACUAACUACCAGAAGCUACAAAAGGCCUUCUGUGUACAGAAGGAGCGAGGCAUGAGCCCUGAUCGAGGCCCACGGUUGAUUCGGGACGCUCUGAGACAGGCAUUUGGAGGUCCUCUGCUACUCAGCAUUACUCAUCGUUUCCUUGCCGACUUGCUGGGCUUCACAGGGCCGCUGUGCAUCUCUGGCAUCGUCCAUCACAUCAGCCGUGAAAAUCACACCAUCAUGCCACCGGUCAGGCUGCUAGGCAUCCACUUCAUCUCCUCUCAAGCAUUUUUAGCAAAUGCAUAUGUUUUGGCAGUGCUGCUUUUCCUCGCUCUGCUCCUUCAGAGAACAUUUCACCAGGCUUCUUACUACACUGCCAUAGAGACCGGCAUAAAAAUCAGGGGAGCAUUACAGUGUAAGAUCUACAAUAAGAUCAUGCGCCUGAGUACUUCCAACAUGUCCAUGAGGGACAUGACGGCCUCUCAGAUCUGUAAUCUGGUGGCCAGAGACACAGAACAGCUCAUGUGGUUCUUCUUUUUGUGUCCCAACCUGUGUGCCAUGCCAGUGCAGAUCAUUAUUGGUGUGAUUCUGUUGUACUACUUUCUGGGGAUCAGUGCUCUGAUCGGAGCUUCUGUGAUAGCCGUUCUCGCCCCGCUGCAGUACUUUGUGGCCACGCAGCUUUCACGAACGCAGAAAAGCACACUGGAGUACUCCAGUGAGAGACUGAAGAAGACUAAUGAGAUGUUGAGGGGCAUUAAGCUGUUGAAAUUAUAUGCCUGGGAGCACAUCUUUGGAUCCAGUGUGGAGGAGACGAGAAAGAAAGAGAUGACCAGCCUCCGAACCUUCGCCCUGUAUACGUCUCUCUCCAUUUUCAUUAAUGCAGCCAUUCCAAUCGUAGCAGUUCUCACAGUGAGUUUUUCCAAACCUCACAUCUCUCUUGACUUACAACUUCCCAAUUUGUCACUUCUCGUCGAAUUUAUCAAUUGCUUGUAUUUUGCAUUGUCUUCUCAGACAUUUGUAGUGCAUGCCUAUGUACACAGCUCUACAGACACUGCUCUCUCUCCAGCUGUGGCUUUUGCCUCUCUCUCUCUUUUCCACAUCUUGGUCACACCCCUCUUCCUGCUUUCCAGUGUACUACACUCAACUGUUAAGGCGCUUGUAAGUGUGCAGAAGCUUAGCGAAUUCCUUGCUAGCGAAGAGAUUGAACUAGAUCAUGAACCUAAAACCCCGACACCAACUGAUACAAACAACCAUAGUAAUAUAAAGUCAGUUUACAUGCUGCAGCUCCAGGCCUCAAAGCUGGUUCACCGGAAGAACAAGGGCAAACAAGACAAGAACAGUAACAUAACACAGCAGGAUCCAAACCUUAACAUGUCUACUCUAAAGGAGGAAAAUAUCUGUCUUAAGAUUGUGAAUGGUUACUUCAUGUGGACUCAAGGCUGUCCUACUCUCACCAACAUUGACGUUAAGGUUCCCUUUGGUGCGUUAACCAUGAUUGUAGGACAAGUUGGAUGUGGAAAAUCCUCCCUACUGUUAGCUGCUCUUGGAGAAAUGCAGAAGAUCUCAGGCAGUGUCACAUGGAACAAAUUCCCAGAUCAGGAAGAGGAAGAAAGUAAUAGGUUGCUCGUCAAUCAUGUCGCUGGCCCGAAAGGACCUGAAAAAAGAGGUUCGGUGGCCUACGCUUCUCAGAGGCCAUGGCUUCUCAAUGCCACAGUGGAGGAGAACAUCUUGUUCAACACGGCUCCUAACAGGAAAAGGUACGCAGAAGUGAUUGAGGCAUGCCAGCUCCAACCUGAUAUCGACACACUUCCCCAAGGAGACCAAACCGUGGUUGGAGAGAGGGUUUCUCUGUCACUUUCUCAGGGCAUCAUUCUGUCUGGAGGACAAAGGCAGCGCAUCAGUGUAGCCAGAGCUCUUUAUCAGCAAACUAGGGUGGUGUUCCUGGAUGACCCAUUCUCAGCCCUGGACAUCCACCUGAGUGACCACCUGAUGCUGGAGGGAAUUCUGAAGUUCCUCAGACAGGAGAAAAGGACUGUGGUGCUCGUGACACACAAACUGCAGUACUUACCACACGCAGACUGGAUCAUAGCCAUGAAGGAUGGAACAGUCCAGACACAAGGUACCUUAAAGGACAUCCAGUGUUCCGAGCCUGAACUCUUUGAACACUGGAAAACUCUGAUGAACAGACAAAACAAGGAGAACGCUGUGGAGCUGAAGAGGAAGAGUUUCAGAAAGAUGUAUUCCAGAGACACUCUUGCCACAGAGGAUGAAGAUGGUUCCCUAUGUACAGACGAGGACAGCUUGACAGCCGAGUUGCGUCCGAGGAACACAAUGCUAUGGGGCUCACUGGGGACAUAUCUGCGAACAGCAGGCUUCCUACUGCUUCCACUGCUCAUCUUGUCACAGCUCACCAAACACACGCUGAUGCUGGCCAUAGACUACUGGCUUGCCCACUGGACAUCUCAGGCCAUCACAGCUCAUACUGACAGUACAGAGAGAAACUGUACAUCUGGACAGUCCCAAGACAAAGUGCUGAGUCAUCCUUUGUAUCUGCAAGUGUUUUGUGUCCUGUGUUUUCUGUGUAUUGUCUUAUGUUUGGUCACCUCUGUGGCCGUGGAGUGGACAGGUCUCCGGGUAGCUCAGGAACUCCACUCCAGUCUACUCCGUAUCAUAAUCAUCGCUCCAAUGAGGCUGUUUGAGACGACACCUCUUGGGAAUAUUCUGAACCGAUUCUCAGGUGACAUCAACAUUAUUGAUCAGCACAUCCCGGUUACCAUGGAGUGUUUGAGUCGCUCCACUCUACUGUGUGUGUCGGCGGUGGGUAUCAUAUCCUUCAUCACUCCAGUCUUCCUCAUCGCUCUGCUUCCACUGGCCAUCAUCUGCUAUUUUAUUCAGAAGUACUUUCGGGUGGCAUCCAGGGAUUUGCAACAGUUAGAGAACAAUACCCAGAUCCCCCUGCUGUCCCACUACUCAGAGACUAUAGAGGGUCUCACCACCAUCAGAGCCUUUAGACAUGAGCAAAAAUUUAAGAAGAGACUUCUGGAAUGCACAGAUGCCAAUAACAUUGCUUCGCUCUUUCUCACAGCAGCCAAUCGCUGGCUCGAAGUUCGCAUGGAGUACAUUGGGGCAUUUGUGGUGCUCAUUGCAGCUGUGGCAUCUAUCAGCAGUGCCCUGUAUAGUCAGCUCUCAGCUGGAUUAGUGGGUCUGGGCCUCACCUAUGCUCUCAUGGUGUCUAAUUACCUGAACUGGAUGGUGCGUAACCUGGCUGAUAUGGAGGUACAGCUCGGGUGUGUGAAGAGGAUCAGCAGGCUGCUCAACACAGAGCCAGAGAACUACAAUGGAGAAAUGACUCCAGCUCAAGUUCCAGCAGGUUGGCCCAAAUAUGGUGAGAUCCAAAUCAAGAACCUUAGUGUAAGAUACGAUAGCAGCUUGAAGCCCAUCCUGAAGCGAGUCAAUGCUCACAUCAAACCUGGACAAAAGGUGGGGAUAUGUGGACGAACAGGAAGUGGAAAGUCUUCCUUCUCCUUGGCUCUUUUCCGAAUGGUAGACACAUGCGAGGGCCGAAUUAUUAUCGAUGGCAUUGAUAUUGCUAAACUGCCCCUUCAAACCCUGCGCUCAAAGUUUUCCAUCAUUCUUCAAGACCCAUUUUUAUUCAGUGGAACAAUUCGAUUCAAUUUGGAUCCAGAGAGAAUGGCCACUGAUCGGAUGCUAUGGGAAGCCCUGGAUAUUGCUCAGCUCACACCAGUGGUGGAAGCUUUACCUGGAGGACUAGAAGCCAUGGUGACUGAGGGGGGAGAAAACUUUAGUCAGGGGCAGCGGCAGCUCUUCUGUCUGGCCCGAGCGUUUGUGAGGAAGAGCAGCAUCCUCAUCAUGGAUGAAGCCACAGCGUCUAUUGACAUGGCCACUGAGAGCAUUCUACAAAAAGUCGUUAUGACUGCUUUUGCAGAUCGGACGGUUGUAAAUAUUGCUCAUCGUGUGCACACCAUCUUGGGCUCUGAUGUGGUCAUCGUGAUGAAGCGUGGAACCAUUCUGGAAUACGACAGGCCCGACGUCCUGCUGGAGCAGAAAGACAGCGUCUUCUAUUCUUUCGUCAGAGCGGACAAGUGAGAAAUGUGACGAGGAAAGUGCUUUUUCGGGAAAGACAACCAAUAAUGGAUCGAACAUCACAAAGAAUUCCACAGAAUUCAUUUUUCUGUUGAAGAACUCUUUCAUCAUUAUUCCUCCGCCGGGACAAUCUGCCAGGAAAUGAUGCGAACAACACAGGAAGUAGUGACAUUUUAAAUAUUUUAUUAGGGUAUAAUUUUUGCAGAGCUUAAAAUAUUAAAUCGCUUUUAACUUAGGUAUUAUUAAAAUACAUAAAAAUGAAAGACAGAAUCGUGUCCUGAAAAAAAAAAAAGCCAAAACUAAAGCAAAUGGGGAACAAAAUGAUAAAUAAAUAAAAAUGAACAACAUCCAACCCUCUAAUAAGAGAAGUUCAACUGAACUCUCUGAACAGUGAUGAAGGGAGGACAUUAAAAUAUCUUUCUUUGUCUCUUUCAUGGUUACAUACAUCGAUUUUUUUCCCCUUUCGUUCUCUCUCUCUCUCUCUCGCAUUCAUUCACUCUGGAUAAUUUUUCUCAUACAGUUAAAUACAAAGACUAUUUUUUUACAUUCUUUUGCCACUUUUCCGUUUCGAAAGUGUCCUUGCAAAGCGAGCCUGGGCCGAUACGUCGGAUCGGAUAUGAUUUCAAUCGAAUUGUUCCCUUAGACUUUAUUUUUUUUUUUCUUUAAAGUGAACAUGAAAUUGGGGGGGGAUUCUGAUGUACUUUUCUAUGGGAUAUGGAACAAUCAAAUGUAGCAGACAGAAUGUCUUUGUCAUUGUGCCUCGUAAUGGAAAAAGCACAACGAAGCGAGGCUUUCGGACUGGUGCCGCUCUCUAGGUGGAUCCAAUCGGCCGCCUGUGAUAUGCUCCGGUGCUGAGAGGGGCAUAAGUGGGGGUCUGUCUAAAUUGCCUAGUAUAUUGGGGGGAGGAAAGAAAGAAAAAAGAGGAAAAA